AUGUUUGAUCCAACUGUGAAGCAAAUUUGUAUGCCCCGUGUCGAUAUGACAACUUUGCUAAACAAUGAGUGGCCGUUACCCGGUACCAACGUAGUUGCCAUCGGUUGGGGUACACUAGCCAUGAGCGGAUCUCUUCCAGCGGCUCUACAACAGGUGACAUUACAGACGGUCGCAUAUACUGACGAUACAUGUAGCUCCGUCAUAUUCAAUAAAAACAAGCAGUUUUGCGCAGGAGUACUCGGUGGUGGCAAGGAUACAUGCCAAGGUGACUCAGGCGGUCCUGUAAUGAUGUAUACGAAUAGCAAGCAAUGGGUACUAGAUCCACAACCACACCAUCAAAAAUUUCAAACACAACAACUACCCGCUCACCAUCGUUAA